AUGGCCCCCGACACCAAGGACACCACCACCCUCACCGCGUCAUACAGGUCGCCGCAAAACGAGCACUUCACCAUCGUACAAACCCUUCCCGUUCCGGCAUCAGCCUCCGUGCAGGACAAGACGCAAUACCUCGAGGCUCUCCGCAAGGCCGUCACCGAUACGCAAGACCAAAUCAACAAGGAGUUGACAAAACGAAUGGAACAAGACAAGGCUCGUGAAGCAGCUUCCGGUGACGCGGUUGCCGCCAGGCUGGGUACUGACGAGGACAAGGAGGAAGAAAACUACGGCGAGGAAGUCCAGGACGAGGAGGGCUGA